CAUCAAUCUUCAAAUAACCGCUCAUCUCUCCGUUGUUUAUGAAGAGAUCAAUCGAUUCCUCCUCCGCCGGCGAUAAUCUGAAGAUGAAAAAGAUCAAAUCAGAACAGGAAACAGAUCUAACGGAAGCCGAUAAGUCAGAAUUGGUAUUGACAGACGAUAACUUGCUUUACGAGAUCCUGAAACACGCCGACGCCAAAACGCUAGCCGCGGUUUCCUGCGUUAGCAAGCAAUGGAACAAGACAUCGCAGGACGAACGUCUUUGGGAGAUGAUAUGUACUAAACAAUCUGCUAACAUCGGUUGCGGUAUCCACCAGCUCAGAUCCGUUGUUCUAGCCCUAGGCGGUUUCCGUCGCCUUCACUCUCUUUACCUAUGGCCUCUCUCCAACAAGCCUUCGAGUUCAUCAUCGUCGUCGUCGUCUACUCCUCCUUUUGAUUCAUCUUGGCCUUGUUUCCCUCCAACUCCGCCUCCUGCUGUUGUAGGUCCGAGUAGAUCCACCGCCGCGGGAUCGAAAACACGGUGGGGAAAGGAUGAGGUACUCCUCUCUGUCUCUCUACUCUCGAUUCGGUAUUUCGAGAAGAUCAAUCAGAACACUAUCGGGAAGUGAAUUGAUUGAUCAGAUUCCAUUUGCUAUAUAUAUAUAUAUGUUUGUAGUUUAUCUUGAUCUAUCUGAAUUAUUGAAUCUGAUUGAUCGUUUCAUGAUCAUUUAGAUAUGUAUCCUACCCUAGCUAUGAUUUGGUUUUGGUUUUUGGUUUAUGCUAUAUGGAAUUGGAUGGAUGAUUGAUGAUUAUAUGUAAAUUAGGUCUACUGGUAAAGAAUUUCUUGGAUGAUCUUUUUGAAUUAUGAUUCUGAAGCAGUACUCUGUU